AUGAGGCCUUCUCAUAAUCUUGAAAUUGUAGACGAGGAUGAAUUAGUACAUGAUUAUGAUGAAGAAGUACAAUUUAAUGACGCGUUUGCUCCAAAUUCUGAUGAAGAGGAAAUAGAAGUUGAAAUUAAUGAGGAUGAAGUGCAACUAGGGGGUGAACUGCAAGUAGUUGCCGAUGAUGAUACUGAUUAUGUUGGAAGUGAAGAUGAAUUGGACAGUUUCAGUGACACUGAGUAUGAGCAUAAUGAUAAUAUUGUUGAUUGUGAUUGGACCACAGUCCUACCUUCUGAGAAAUUAUUUGAUAAGGUGAACAAUUCUAUUGUUGAUGAUGACUCUGAUGUGUUGCUUACACCUCCUGUUAGUGAAGAUGAUGAGGAACAUGAAAAGUUUCCUACUUAUAAAAGUGGAGAGGUAUUCAAGUUUCAACCAGGUAUGAUUUUUAACAACAAAGAUAUGGUUAGGUGUGCUUUAAAGGAGUAUGCAAUGAAGAUGAAUAAAAAAGUUGCUCUGAAGAAAAAUGAUGGAAAGAGGAUGGGAGUGAAAUUGUCUCGUGAUAAGGAAUAUAGAGCCAAAAGAAGGGCUAUGGAGUUGAUCCAAGGUGCUGGUAUGGACCAAUUCACCCAUUUAAGACGUUAUGCACAAGAGUUACUAAAGUCAAACCUUAAUAGUAAUGUUGUGUUGCAAUGUGCUGAUUCUAAUGAAGGUCCUGUGUUCGAGAGGAUUUAUGUAUGCUUAAAAGCUUGCAAGAUGGAUUUGCAAAAUAUUGCAGGCCACUCAUAG